GUCAACGGAAUACACACUGACAAUGAUCAACUGUCAUGUGUUACUGAUAAUCUCGGACGUUGCUGUUGACGUGUGCUGAUGGAUCAUAGGACAAUUCUCAUGAAGUUACAAUUCGUUGAUCAAUUAAGUUACUCAUAAAAACGAUCUCAGGAGGGAGAACAGUAGAAAUUGUCAGGUUAACAUCGAACAAAGUGCACAAUCACUUCUCAAUUCGCGCCAUCCUAAUAAUUGAGCAUUCAUCAUGCCAAUUUUAUAUACCGUGGUGGCUCGAGGGUCAACGGUAUUGGCAAAAUAUGCUUCCUGUACUGGAAACUUUGAUGAAGUAACAGAGAGCAUUCUGGCAAAAAAAGCUGAAAAUGACAAGGUUACAUAUUCACAAGGACAAUAUCUUUUUCACUACAUCUGUGAAGAUAACAUUAUUUAUAUGUGCAUUACAGAUGAUGAUUACCAAAAAUCCAAAGCAUUUUUAUACCUGGCAGAAAUUAAAGGAAGAUUCUUGGCUGCAUAUGGUCAAGAUGCGCAAACUGCAAUUCCCUAUGCGAUGAAUACAGAUUUUGCAAGAACUUUAGCUAGUACAAUGAAACAUUACAAUGAGUCUAGUCACAAAGUCGAUGUGCUUGAUAGCGUUCUCGGUGAUCUGGAUGAAUUGAAAGAUAUAAUGAGUAAAAAUAUUGAUAAUGUUGCAAUGCGUGGAGAACGGCUAGAACUUCUUGUAAACAAGACUGAAAAUUUAUCUACGAAUUCAGUUACAUUCAGAAAAACCAGUAGAAAUUUAGCACGCUCUUUGUUUUGGAAGAACGUAAAAAUUUACGUUAUUGUUGGAGUUAUUCUAAUCGUUGUCAUAUACGUUAUUGUGUCGAUAUCUUGUGGAGGUUUGGCAUGGCCGAAAUGCGUCGGCAAUUAAUUCACCUUUGUACUAUUCAGAUACAAUGUGUUCUGUCUCAAAAAUGUGAUAAGAAUGUAAUCGCGGUUGGUUCGUGGAGAUAUACUGUAAGCAAACGAGAAAAACAUUCACGGUACAUGUUUCAUUCCCAGAUUUAUUACGUAUGAAGAACUGAGAAAAAAUCUCGUCUCAUUCCGUGGCUGUACCGAAGCGAAAUGUAGGAGUAAAGAAAAUGCAAUUAGGAAAUGUAUAGAUAUAUAAAUAUAUAUAACGCUUAUGAUAUUUUUAUUAUCUUAUUAAAAAAAUACAAACAUCACUGGUAUUUGUCAAGAGA